CUUUUAGCCGGAUGACAAUCACAACAACUGCCAACUCGGCACGACUGACUCGGCACACUUCCUCGAACUGAUGGAGAAAACUAAAGUUUCCAUUCUAUCGAGUUCUCCUUUCCUGAUUUUGUUGAAGCUGCUUGUACUUCAGAUACAAAAUGUAAAAGGCGACCAUUUAGUUUUGGUUCAAGCGGUUUUCCGCCAUGGAGAUAGAAGUCCCGUCAACUUUUACCCAAACGACAGACAUCGUGACUAUUGGCCUCAAGGACUUGGUCAACUUACAAAGAUUGGAAUGAACCAGGAAUAUAGACUUGGGAAAUUCUUUAGAGAGAGAUACAUACAGAGGAAUGACACUUUCCUGAGUUCAAGAUAUGAACACUCGGAGGUCUAUAUAAGGAGUACGGACAAAGACCGGACCUUGAUGAGUGCCUACUGUGUACUCAGUGGAAUGUUUCCUCCUUUAAAUGGUAGUGACGAGCAGUGGAACACAGAAAUCAACUGGCAACCAAUUCCUGUCCACACGAUACCAUUAGAUGAAGAUUUUUUGUUGAAUACACAAGCUCCUUGCCCAAGAUUCAAUGAACUUGAAGCUGAUUUUUUUAAAAGCGAAUUUGUAGCCAACUUCACCUCACGAUAUCAGGAUCUCAUCAACAAUGCUUCCAAACUGUCUGGACUUCCGCCAACUUUAGUCGGGCUGAUGAUUAUUGUAGAUACCCUCUUCUGUGAGUAUACACAUCACCUGAAUAUGUCUGAAUGGGAGACAGUCCUACCACUUCAUCCACUUGUGAUUCAACUUCUGGACUACGAAAACACUUAUUUAUUUUACACAGAGGAGAUGGCCAAACUUAGAGGAGGUCCAUUACUAAAGGAAAUGAUUGAAAAAAUGGCGACAGCUGUAGAUUCCCUGGAUCAAACUUCUCCAGUUCAGACUCGUCCAAAGAUGCUUUUGUAUUCAGCUCAUGACUCAACCCUGACAGCUUUGUUACGAGUGAUGAACGUAUUCAACAACAGGACCCCGGUGUAUUCCUCGUGUGUGAUGGUAGAAAUGUGGAGACCUGAGGGGAAGGGGAAACCCUAUGUCAAGGUGCUCUACAGGAACGAGACAGAUUCUGACAAACUUAUACACCUGACAGUACCAGGAUGUGGGGAUAUCUGUUCAUUAGACGAUUUUAUCAACAUAUUAAAAAACAAUGUUUCAAAAGAUAUUCACGCAGAGUGUAACCCUAAGCCCGGACAACAACCAGCAUCAGACAUCGAUAUUGGUAUGGUGGUCCUGGGCUGUAUGGUUGCUUUGUUAACCCUAACAGUGAUAGCUUUAAUCGUCCUCCAUUACAAAAAUCGCCAAACGACACUGUCCUACAGACCACUGGCUACAGUGGACGAUGAUUACACUUGAGGUCUACAGGUGAAUGAUGAUUACACUUGAGGUCUACAGGUGACCAUGCUUACACUUGAGGUCUACAGUGGACCAUGAUUACACUUGAGGUCUACAGGUGACCAUAAUUACACUUGAGGUCUACAGGUGAAUGAUGAUUACACUUGAGGUCUACAGGUGACCAUGAUUACACUUGAGGUCUACAGGUGACCAUGAUUACACUUGAGGUCUACAGGUGAAUGAUGAUUACACUUGAGGUCUACAGGUGGAUCAUAAUUACACUUGAGGUCUACAGGUGACCAUGAUUACACUUGAGGUCUACAGGUGAUCAUGAUUACACUAGAGGUCUACAGGUGAAUGAUGAUUACACUUUGGGUCUACAGGUGACCAUGAUGACACUUGAGGUAUACAGGUGGAUCAUGAUUACACUUGUGGUCUACAGGUGACCAUGAUUGCACUUGAGGUGUACAGAUAAACUAGAGUGAUCAUGAUUGCACUUGAGGUCUACAGGUGGAUCAUGAUUACACUUGUGGUCUACAGGUGACCAUGAUUACACUUGAGGUCUACAGGUGGAUCAUGAUUACACUUGAGGUCUACAGGUGACCAUGAUUACACUUGAGGUCUACAGGUGAUCAUGAUUACACUAGAGGUCUACAGGUGAAUGAUGAUUACACUUGAGGUCUACAGGUGACCAUGAUGACACUUGAGGUAUACAGGUGGAUCAUGAUUACACUUGAUGUCUACAGGUGAAUGAUGAUUACACUUGGGGUCUACAGGUGACCAUGAUUACACUUGAGGUGUACAGAUAAACUAGAGUGAUCAUGAUUACACUUGAGGUCUACAUGUGACCAUGAUUACACUUGAGGUCUACAGGUGACCAUGAUUACACUUGGGGUCUACAGGUGACCAUGAUUACACUUGAUGUCUACAGGUGAAUGAAGAUUACACUUGAUGUCUCCAGACGACAAUAAUUACACUCUAUGUUCUACUUCUUUAAGCCAAGACUUAAGAUUUUCUAUGUUAAAAUCCCAUUUGUCUUUCUUUUGUUAUAUACAACACAUAUCUAUAAAUAUGUAUGUAAAGAGAGAAAGCUAGCCUUGCAAAAAUCUUGUAAUUUUUGUUGUUUUUUUUAUAUUUCCUUUGGCAAAGAAUUAUUCUUUGUUUUUUGUUUGUUUUUUGUUUGUUUUGGUUUUUUUUACUUACAUUAAGUUAUCUAUAUUUAUGUAUACAUUAUGUGUCUUUUUUUUUACUUAUUCUAUCUUUAUGUAUACAUUGUAUUUAAGUGGUAAGUUAUGGUUGAAAUCAACUUGAUUCAAAUCAGCUGAGCCCAGCCCUGCAGAACUUUGUUUACAUUUCUGGUUAUUUUGGUUGGCAUUCCAGACAGUUAAUUAGCUGUUUCCUUAUUUUUGGUACCAUUUCUGGAAAGGCAACAUUUCAAGAUUACAUUCCAUUCUCGAGUAUAAUCUACACAAUUGUAUUAUAGCUAGUAACCACACAAGUGUGUUAUAUUAAAUUAGAACUAUUGUAUGGGCAUAAAGACUGAUGAGUUGUUACCUAAUACAAUGUGUUAUAUUAAAUUAGAACUUAUUGUAUGGGCAUAAAGACUGACGAGUGUAACCUAAUACAAUGUGUUAUAUUAAAUUAGAACUUAUUGUAUGGGCAUAAAGACUGAUGAGUUGUUACCUAAUACAAUGUGUUAUAUUAAAUUAGAACUAUUGUAUGGGCAUAAAGACUGAUGAGUGUAACCUAAUACAAUGUGUUAUAUUAAAUUAGAACUUAUUGUAUGGGCAUAAAGACUGAUGAGUUGUUACCUAAUACAAUGUGUUAUAUUAAAUUAGAACUUAUUGUAUGGGCAUAAAGACUGACGAGUGUAACCUAAUACAAUGUGUUAUAUUAAAUUAGAACUUAUUGUAUGGGCAUAAAGACUGACGAGUGUAACCUAAUACAAUGUGUUAUAUUAAAUUAGAACUUAUUGUAUGGGCAUAAAGACUGAUGAGUUGUUACCUAAUACAAUGUGUUAUAUUAAAUUAGAACUUAUUGUAUGGGCAUAAAGACUGAUGAGUGUAACCUAAUACAAUGUGUUAUAUUAAAUAAGAACUUAUUGUAUGGGCAUAAAGACUGAUGAGUUGUUACCUAAUACAAUGUGUUAUAUUAAAUUAGAACUUAUUGUAUGGGCAUAAAGACUGAUGAGUUGUUACCUAAUACAAUGUGUUAUAUUAAAUUAAAACUUAAUUAUUGUAUGGGCAUAAAGACUGACGAGUGUAACCUAUUGUAUAAAUUAAUGUAAAACUCAGAACAGUUCCUUUUGAUGCAAUGGUCUUAUACAUAUUAAUUUUUUUUUUUAAAUAUUUAAGUGCAUAAAUAUAAUCUGUUACUUUAUUGUCACAUUAAUGGACUCUAUAUGAUGACGCCAUUAAGAUCCUAUAUAUCCUACAAUAAGUUUAUAGGGACCAACACCUGUAACUACAGGACAUUGAUAUACAUGCUUUAACAUUCAUCAAUGACUAUUGAUCGGGUUAUUUACUAGGUAUGGGUUGAUUGACAGAUAAAUACUCUUUAAUGAUGUCUGGCUUGAUAUACAUUUUGUAGCUAUGAGGAUAUAUACACUUUGUAAUGUAAGUCCUCAUCAUACGUAUAUAGUAAGGGCUGUUACAAAAUUAUCCAUGUUGAACGGUACAUUGAAGGCAUUGUUUCAUAGACCCCGGCCACCACCCAUCAAAUGUUAAAACAUACUGUAUUUAGUAUAAAGAAUACUAGAAAUAAUACUAGAAAAAUGGUGCUUUACCCUCACCAUUCAUCAAACUUUAAUACAAGUGCCUUCCACCCUGUCACAUACAAAUACAUAUAUAUACACAAUUCUGGAAUAGUCCUUCGUUCGAUAAAUAUUAAUAUAAUUAACUUGUAUUUAAAAUUAUGGCUUCGCUUGUAGUGGGAUAAAUAUUAAUAUAAUUAGCUUGUAUUCAUAAUUAUGACUUUGCUUGGGGAAAUGUUUAUUCACAACGAAAAGUAUGAAGUGCCUUUAUUUCACAUUGUAUUCUAUACUAGUUAGUUCUAUAGAUCUGUAAACUGUAUGAUGAGAUUAUGUUGUUCAGAGAAUCAGAUAUUGAAUCAUGGAUUUAAUUAACCUGUUUAAUUGAUGCUUAACCUUGUUUGAUUGACUUAUAAUAACUGUGUUAUUGGCCGUUCCAUCAGUGUAGUAGGACUGCUUUGUGUCAUAGGCCAUCUCGUCAGAGAGAAGUGACACUGUCCUGUGUGACAUGCCAUCUUGUUAGAGUGAAGUGGCACUGUCUUGUGUGACAGGCCAUCUUGUUAGAGUGAAGUAGCACUGCCUUGUGUGACAGGCCAUCUUGUUAGAGUGAAGUGGCACUGUCCUGUGUGACAUGCCAUCUUGUUAGAGUGAAGUGGCACUGUCUUGUGUGACAGGCCAUCUUGUUAGAGUGAAGUAGCACUGCCUUGUGUGACAGGCCAUCUUGUUAGAGUGAAGUGGCACUGUCCUGUGUGACAUGCCAUCUUGUUAGAGUGAAGUGGCACUGUCUUGUGUGACAUGCCAUCUUGUUAGAGUGAAGUAGCACUGCCUUGUGUGACAUGCCAUCUUGUUAGAGUGAAGUGGCACUGUCUUGUGUCAUAGGCCAUCUCGUUAGAGUGAAGUGGCACUGCCUUGUGUGACAGGCCAUCUCGUUAGAGUGAAGUGGCACUGCCUUGUGUGACAGGCCAUCUUGUUAGAGUGAAGUGGCACUGCCUUGUGUGACAGGCCAUCUUGUUAGAGUGAAGUGGCACUGUCUUGUGUGACAGGACAUAUCGUCAGAGUGAAGUGGCACUGCCUUGUGUGACAGGACAUAUCGUCAGAGUGAAGUGGCACUGCCUUGUGUGACAGGCCAUCUUGUUAGAGUGUAGUAGCACUGCCUUGUGUGACAGGCUAUCUCGUCAGAGUGAAGUGGCACUGCCUUGUGUGACAGGACAUAUCGUCAGAGUGAAGUGGCACUGCCUUGUAUGACAGGCCAUCUCGUCAGAGUGAAGUGGCACUGCCUGGUGUGACAGGACAUAUCGUCAGAGUGAAGUGGCACUGCCUUGUGUGACAGGCCAUCUCGUCAGAGUGAAGUGGCACUGCCUUGUGUGACAGGACAUCUCGUUAGAGUGAAGUGGCUCUGCCUUGUGUGACAGACAGUCUCAUCAGAGUGAAGUGGCACUGCCUUGUGUGACAGUCCAUCUCGUCAGAGUGAAGUGGCACUGCCUUGUGUGACAGGCUAUCUCGUCAGAGUGAAGUGGCACUGCCUUAUGUGACAUGCCAUCUCGUCAGAGUGAAGUGGCACUGCCUUGUGUGAUAGGCCAUCUCGUUAGAGUGAAGUGGCACUGCCUUGUGUGACAGGCCAUCUCGUUAGAGUGAAGUGGCACUGCCUUGUGUGACAGGCCAUCUUGUUAGAGUGAAGUGGCACUGUCUUGUGUCAUAGGCCAUCUCGUCAGAGUGAAGUGGCACUGCCUUGUGUGACAGGCCAUCUCGUCAGAGUGAAGUGGCACUGCCUUGUGUGACAGGCCAUCUCGUCAGAGUGAAGUGGCACUGCCUUGUGUGACAGGCCAUCUCAUCAGAGUGUAGUGGCACUGCCUUGUGUGACAGGCCAUCUUGUUAGAGUGAAGUGGCACUGCCUUGUGUCAUAGGUCAUCUUGUUAGAGUGAAGUGGCACUGCCUUGUGUGACAGGACAUCUCAUCAGAGUGAAGUGGCACUGCCUUGUGUGACAGGCCAUCUCGUCAGAGUGUAGUGGCACUGCCUUAUGUGACAGGCCAUCUCGUCAGAGUGUAGUGGCACUGCCUUGUGUGACAGGCCAUCUCGUCAGAGUGAAGUGGCACUGCCUUGUGUGACAGGCCAUCUCGUCAGAGUGAAGUGGCACUGCCUUGUGUGACAGGCCAUCUCGUCAGAGUGAAGUGGCACUGCCUUGUGUGACAGGCCAUCUCAUCAGAGUGUAGUGGCACUGCCUUGUGUGACAGGCCAUCUUGUUAGAGUGAAGUGGCACUGCCUUGUGUGACAGGCCAUCUCGUCAGAGUGAAGUGGUACUGCCUUGUGUGACAGGCCAUCUCGUCAGAGUGUAGUGGCACUGCCUUAUGUGACAGGCCAUCUCGUCAGAGUGAAGUGGUACUGCCUUGUGUGACAGGACAUCUCAUCAGAGUGAAGUGGCACUGCCUUGUGUGACAGGCCAUCUCGUCAGAGUGUAGUGGCACUGCCUUAUGUGACAGGCCAUCUCGUCAGAGUGUAGUGGCACUGCCUUGUGUGAUAGGCCAUCUCGUCAGAGUGUAGUGGCACUGCCUUAUGUGACAGGCCAUCUCGUCAGAGUGUAGUGGCACUGCCUUGUGUGACAGGACAUCUCGUCAGAGUGAAGUGGCACUGCCUUGUGUGACAGGCCAUCUCGUCAGAGUGUAGUGGCACUGCCUUAUGUGACAGGCCAUCUCGUCAGAGUGAAGUGGCACUGCCUUGUGUGAUAGGCCAUCUUGUUAGAGUGAAGUGGCACUGCCUUGUGUGACAGGACAUCUCGUCAGAGUGAAGUGGCACUGCCUUAUGUGACAGGCCAUCUCGUCAGAGUGAAGUGGCACUGCCUUGUGUGAUAGGCCAUCUUGUUAGAGUGAAGUGGCACUGCCUUGUGUGACAGGCCAUCUCGUCAGAGUGAAGUGGCACUGCCUUGUGUGACAGGCCAUCUUGUUAGAGUGAAGUGGCACUGCCUUGUGUGACAGGCCAUCUUGUUAGAGUGAAGUGGCACUGCCUUGUGUGACAGGCCAUCUUGUUAGAGUGAAGUGGCACUGCCUUGUGUGACAGGCCAUCUUGUUAGAGUGAAGUGGCACUGCCUUGUGUGACAUGCCAUCUCGUUAGAGUGAAGUGGCACUGUCCUGUGUGACAGGCCAUCUCGUUAGAGUGAAGUGGCACUGCCUUGUGUGACAGGCCAUCUCGUUAGAGUGAAGUGGCACUGCCUUGUGUGACAGGCCAUCUUGUUAGAGUGAAGUGGCACUGCCUUGUGUGACAGGCCAUCUCGUCACAGUGAAGUGGCACUGCCUUGUGUGACAGGUCCAUCUCGUCAGAGUGAAGUGGCACUGCCUUGUGUGACAGGCCAUCUUGUUAGAGUGAAGUGGCACUGCCUUGUGUGACAGGCCAUCUCGUCAGAGUGAAGUGGCACUGCCUUGUGUGACAGGCCAUCUUGUUAGAGUGAAGUGGCACUGCCUUGUGUGACAGGACAUCUCGUUAGAGUGAAGUGGCACUGCCUUGUGUGACAGGCCAUCUCGUCAGAGUGAAGUGGCACUGCCUUGUGUGACAGGCCAUCUCGUCACAGUGAAGUGGCACUGCCUUGUGUGACAGGCCAUCUCGUCAGAGUGAAGUGGCAAUGCCAUGUAUGACAGGCCAUCUCGUCAGAGUGAAGUGGCACUGCCUUGUGUGACAGGCCAUCUCGUCACAGUGAAGUGGUAAUGCCUUGUGUGACAGGCCAUCUCGUCAGAGUGAAGUGGCACUGCCUUGUGUGACAGGACAUCUCGUCAGAGUGAAGUGGCUCUGUCUUGUGUGACAGGACAUAUCGUCAGAGUGAAGUGGCACUGCCUUAUGUGACAGUCCAUCUCGUUAGAGUGAAGUGGCACUGCCUUGUGUGACAGGCCAUCUCGUCACAGUGAAGUGGCACUGCCUUGUGUGACAGGCCAUCUCAUCAGAGUGAAGUGGUACUGCCUUGUGUGACAGGCCAUCUCGUCAGAGUGUAGUGGCACUGCCUUGUGUGACAGGCCAUCUCGUCAGAGUGAAGUGGCACUGCCUUGUGUCAUAGGCCAUCUCGUCAGAGUGAAGUGGCACUGUCCUGUGUGACAGGCCAUCUUGUUAGAGUGUAGUGGCACUGCCUUGUGUGACAGGCCAUCUCGUUAGAGUGAAGUGGCACUGUCUUGUGUGACAGGCCAUCUUGUUAGAGUGAAGUGGUACUGCCUUGUGUGACAGGCCAUCUCGUCAGAGUGUAGUGGUACUGCCUUGUAUGACAGGCCAUCUCGUCACAGUGAAGUGGUACUGCCUUGUGUGACAGGCCAUCUUGUUAGAGUGAAGUGGCACUGCCUUGUGUGACAGGCCAUCUCGUCAGAGUGUAGUGGCACUGCCUUGUGUGACAGGCCAUCUCGUCACAGUGAAGUGGUACUGCCUUGUGUGACAGGCCAUCUCGUCACAGUGAAGUGGUACUGCCUUGUGUGACAGGCCAUCUCGUUAGAGUGAAGUGGCACUGCCUUGUGUGAUAAUUCAUCUCCUCGGAGUGUAAUGACACUGUCCUACGUUGUACAUUUUGGAUAUUCAACUGGUAAUCAUUCUGUUGCUUUAACACCACUUAAGGCUGUAUUUCGUAUUUGGUUUUGAAAAUAAACUUGAUUUUUUUA